AGUGUUAAAUGAAGGCUUCGCUGUGUUAGCAGAUUUUGGCUUUAGCUUCUUUAAAAUAAGUUUUUAUUGGAAGAGGAAUUAUUCAAAUACAGGUUUUUUGCAAGUAAAUCCUACGCUAGUGAAUUUAAUCGUAACGGCAAACACUCAAUGAGCUCGACACCGAAAUGGUAUUGUCGCAACAAAUCAACGCCUCCCAUACAAACAUUCGCAGAAAUUACAAAAUUGGGAAAGGAGUUGAGACGUGUCACAUAUCGCAUUGCAGUUGAUGUGAAGGUCGACGUAUUCGAUGAGCAUAAUACACUUUUGGAAGAAGUGGAACAUGUUUGUGAGCUCUACUGGAACCUGAAGAACGAGUCACGAAACCAGGAUAUUCACUCAUUGAAUAAGAAAAUCAAACGCAGUCCUUAUAAUGCCUUGUUACUGCAGAAAUACAAUGUACUUAUGGAGAUUAAUGAACGACGCUUUUGCCAAUUAAUGUUCGUGCUCAAGCAAACGGUCACGCAAUUGCUGCGAAAGUCUUCACAAUCCGACAUGUGGUUGAAUUGGGCUUUGCAGAUAGCGAAUUUGCACAAUAAAUGGAAUCGACGGGAGACCUUAAAGGAUCCUAAUGACUGCAGCGAGAUUGUGUCCAAGGAAGCAAGUGUAACGGGCAAAGAAAAACCAACACAGCCAGAGGUGACUCAAGAGACCAGCGGCACUACCGAGUGGAAUGCGAAUAUUUGCAGCAAUAUGUAUCCGACGUUGCUGUUACCCCAGAAGCCCAUAGACUUUGCAUAUAUCCUACAGCAUGCGUCCCAAAUGCGCACCGAGCAAAAUUCGCUUGAUCUACUCUUCGGUCUAUUCAAUAUGAGCGAACAGGAGCAAGCUGAGGCAGCAGCUACAGCUGCAGGUACAUCCUCUGGCGCUACGUUGUCAGCAGUUGCAGUUGCUACCGAUUUGGAAGUGACUGCGGGUGCCGCAGUUGGGGAUACUUGCGAGUCGACGGCGUCCAGUUUGGAAAUUUUACGUAUACUCACGCUCAACAUGCACGGCGAUGGCGUGUAUAUUGACUACAACAAUGCGACUGAUAUGGAUGGCGGUGUACGGAAGGAGAAAAGUAAUUGCCAUAAAUAUGCUGAACAUUUUUUGGAACGCGAACGUGCAUACCUCAGCCAACUCAUUGCCAAAUCGUAUGACUAUUGUCCGAGCGUUUUUGGUAAAGCCUGUACUCGAGGAGAUUUAAAUGAGUUUGUUACUCGUGGCAUUCGAAUAUUAUGGUCCAAUGUAGGUCUUAUUUUGGAUCAUAUAAUUUUAUGGUGGAUCGAUACACCGCUUGCUUGCUAUCCGUUAACGCACGUGGAAACGAUGAGAAACUGGUUGAAGCACCAUACUGUGGAAGAUAUUCCGGAACCUGUUUAUUCAACGUUACGCGGAGUUGCCGAAAGCCUUACAAACUUCGUUUCCGUUAAUGUAUGGGAUCAAUUGUUUCGUUACGCUUUAUUAUCAACAAAUUGUCGACCAGCGACGAUGGAACGUGCUUUACAGUUACAUCGGCCCGUGGGUCAAGAGGAGCAUCUUGGCACUUACACCGGCAGUUUUUGGGUGCUAGUCUUCCAGAAUUUGAUAGAAUUAAGCAAUAGUUAUUUUCCCAGUAGUGAAGCGCAAAUGCAAAUCAGUAGCCUACCUGUUGCUGAACAAAUACCUAUUCUCCAUCGCAUUGAUCACUCCGUACACUCGAUGCGUUUGUGGGUGAAGGAGCAAGCCAAGCAACUAUGCUGUGAAUGGCAAAUGGAUCGCUUCUUUCGCAUAAUGGAGCACGAUGUGCGUGUGUGCUUGGCCGGCUUCAGCAAGCAUAAGCUACCCAAGUUAACUGCCGAUCUCACCGAUAUCCUUAUGCUUGUAAACGUUGCGUUGCGUGCUAAAUUGAUAUUGGAGAUCAAUGUCAAUAUCGACAAACUCAAGAAAACAAAUGAAGAAUGCGUGCAAAUUAUGUCCGAAGUGUGUCGUAUACUCAGUCUUGCCAAUUUCAAGCUUUCCUUUCCGCCUGCCAGCCACUGGCAGCAGCGUGUCUUCGACGAAGAUGUGAAAAACGAUUACGUCGACUAUGUGCUGGAUCAAAUAUUUUUACCUGCCAUUAAGGCCACAAAGGAUUUGGUGACUUUAAAAUUGAUUUUGAAAAUCAUUUGUGAAGCCUGGCUCGACUAUAUUUAUAUGAAACGCAUUAAGUUCAGCGUGAACGGUGCGGUGCAACUGCUGAAUGACUUCGAUUGUGUACGUGAAUGGAUAUUGGCUUGUUCGCAGCUGAAUACCGAGCAGUUGGAGAAGUUGAGUAAUCACGAGGUGUUGCGCAUGUGUAAGGGUGUAGGUAAAAUACUGUUACGCAAGCCGGAGGAUGUAAUUUCGAUUAUACAAACGCCGAAAUUUAAUUACGAUCGAAAAACGGUGGGAGUUGAUGCCGCUGCACAAGAAACGCAAUUGCCAUCGGAAAUGUUUGUGUCAAAUCAAAAAAACUGGUUACAAUUACGAGCCAACAAAGGGAAUAUCUUCAGCUGGUGUUGCAGCGAUUCAGCGGUAUAAAUUCAAAUGAAGCGAAGUUUAGAACUAAAACCAAGUAAAAGCGAAGAACUGCCUAUAAUAUCUUGUUUCUUAAUAAUCUUUUUUUAUUAUAAAAAAUCGCUGGUAUUACUUUAGAAAAAGUGCUUAUUGCAAUAAAAUGUUUGAACGCAUAAUAAAAUAAUAGAAAAAUUAUGAAAUAAAUGUAUCUGCAGUGACAAGAGCUUAUGCCCCUUUAA